AUGCGUCCCUUCAUAUCUGGGUACCCAUUUCAAGGUCAAGGUAGAGUUAAUCAACUUGGUGGAGUUUUCAUCAAUGGUCGUCCGCUACCAAAUCAUAUACGUUUAAAAAUUGUUGAAAUGGCCGCAAACGGUAUAAGGCCUUGUGUGAUCUCACGUCAAUUGCGCGUAUCUCAUGGUUGUGUAUCAAAAAUUCUGAAUCGCUAUCAAGAAACGGGAUCUAUACGACCUGGUGUGAUUGGCGGCUCUAAGCCAAAAGUAACAUCGCCUGAAAUAGAAGCACGCAUAGAAGAAUUGCGAAAAGCCAACCCAGGAAUUUUUAGUUGGGAAAUACGAGAAAAACUAAUUAAGUUUUUGAACUUUGAACUAACUCAUACUGGUUGUCAGACUGAAGUUUGCAAACAACUUGGUGUAAUGUUGUUAAAAGCAUUAGCCAACGUUACUAUAAACAAUACAUUUUCAGGUUUGCAGGAAGCAAUAAAUUCUGUAAUCACCAACUAA